AUGACUACUUGCAGUGUGACCAGCACGCCGGCAAGAUUUGCGCGAUGUCUGGCCAAUUUCCAGGUGGAUGAACUGCUUUUGCUCAAGAAAUCGGUCCAGAGAAUGGAACUGGAGGAGGAGUUUGUCGAUGAGGCGGGCAUCGAUUACUCGGUUAUGAGUAGAAGUAUCACAUCCACAACAACCACUGCAACGAUUAUGGAAACUCCAUUGGAGGGAAAGGAAGAAAUGCCAGAAAGACUGCCUCUAAUGGCAGCAGAUAGGUGAGAAUUUUAAAACUAAAAGUUUGGGUAUAACCUUUAAAAUAAUUAUCUCAGAGGUGGUCAUGAUC